UUCCCUUCAGUUCGUUCCAGGAAAUGAGGGUGGGUGCAUGUGGCCAUUACUUCAUCUUGACUAAAGCGAUAGAACAUAAUCAAGUUUUGAGUGCACAUCGCAAAUACCAGUGUUUGUGCUUUCAUCCGCCUAUCGAAUACAAGUGUUAGACUUCUAAAGCUAGUAGAAGAUGUCUCGUCAACAUCAACCCUUUUCCAUCUCGUCGACUCUCAGUUUUCCGGCUGUUAAGCGAUGGACUGCUCUGAUUUUAGUGGCAGUUUGCUUGUCAUUUCACCCUUGUCAAGGGGCCAGAGCAUUGGAAGCCAAGGAGAGCUCUCACAUGUCGCAUUCAGAGGAAGAUUUGACAAUGGCAGCAAACAAAUCUCCGUUUGACUUGGAGAUCCCAAGACAAGAGCGAAGGCUCUACCGUCCCAGCUUAUCCGGACGUGAGGACAGUUAUAGUGCGCAGAUUAUCGAGUAUUUCGAGUCUGAGAAAGAUUAUCACGACGAGGAUACCGAAGAGAUCUCAAAUGAGGUUCCAGUGUUGCCCAAAAGGGGUCUGGUCCCGCAAUUGUGGCCUAAUUAUACAGGCCCACCGGAAUUGCCCGCCGAAGAGGAACCCUGCCAUGUGUCACAAUUGAAGUGCGCCUAUCGAGACGGUUGUGGAUUGGCCAUCCAAAACUACAUGCUGGCCUGCUCAGCCUUGGCUGAAGGCAAGACCACCACGUGCACCACCUAUUGCAAACAUUCAUUAAUCGCCUUAAUGUCCACCCCUGAAGGCAAGCGACUUAUGAAGUGUAAUUGCACGGAUGACGCGUUUUGCCACAAUUCCAAGAAGAACAUUGCCCAAUGUGAGGCCGAAGUGUUCCAAGCCACCCAACCGAACACGGUGGUCUCUUGUUCAGCCGCACGCUGGAUUUGUGCGGCUGAUCCCCAAUGUUCCACGGCCCUCGAUUACUAUCACCAGUAUUGUGCGGCCAUGUUCAAGGGCAAGAAGUGCACCAAGCGCUGUCUGAACGCCAUCCACAUUCUCAAGAAACAGACGUCCGCCUCCAAAUUGGAGCAUUGCGUGUGUGAUGGAUCCGAGGAUUUCCAAUGCCGGAAGAUCAAGGAUAACAUGGAGCAAUUGUGCUUCAAUCAGCCCGAUAAGGAGGAGAUCCAUCGAGAUAUCCACACCAAUGAGAUUGACAACGGCGCUAGCCAUUUGAGCACUCCUACACACGUUCAGGCCUUAUUGAUGAGUGCAGCUACAUGGCGGUUAUUCGCUUUAUGAAGGCCUCAAGUUCAACAAUGUCAAUCGUACCUCCGAGUCAUUCCUUCUGAUCAGAUACCAAAAACACACAGAAAUGUUCAAAUUAUACCGGAUAACUUAAAUAAAACAUAGAUUUAUAC